AUGGCUGAAAAUGCAAAUCAAUCGAACAAACAAGGUUACACACUUCCUCUUAAAGUUUUGGUAGACAAAGAGACAAAUAAAGUUUUGUUUGCUGAGGCAGGGAAGGAUUUUGUUGAUGUUCUAUUGAGUUUCUUAACUUUGCCGAUGGGAACUAUUGCUAGACUCGUGGCUAAGGACUCAAACUGGGAUUGUGUUAGAAAAGAAAGAGGUAACCUUUUAAGCACUUUUAAGAAUAAAAAAUGCCAUUGUGGAAAGCCUAUGGACAGAGAGAUUUCUCUAGAAGAAAGGACUUCAGAAAAUGGCUUUGUGAAAGAAACUGCAUCGUUUAUAAUCUGUGACGAUCUUCGUGUGAUGCCAAAUUCUCUUGGUACAAGUGUGGAUCUGUUUCAUGAGCUUGGAGCCAAAAACAUGGAGGCUAUUGAGGAAAGAACUGUAGAAAUCGGCAACAAGGAGUUACUGGAUCUACUCAAGUGUUCAUUCCUUUCAAAGACCCCUCUAACGGACUUUAUCUUAAACAAGAAACAAUUUCUUUAUGUAUACACAAAACAUCAAUGUCAGUUUGAGAUUGGAGAGGUUUCAUCUAAUGUGAUUAGGCAGAUGGUUCUAAAAGUGUUGAUAAGGAAAUCAGAUAGGAAGAUUCUGUUUGUUGAAGGACAAGAAGAUUUUGCAGACUUCAUAUUUGGUUUUCUUACCUUGCCCUUGGGAGGUGUUCUGCACAUGCUUGGAGUGUUCUUGUUAACUCUACAAAGUCUCUUCGACUUUAUGGGGAACUUUAUAAAACAAUGGAUAUUGUUGAUCCUAAGUCCUCUGAUGGAAAAUCAAAUUCUGGAGGAUGUGAUAGGACCAGCAAUGUACAUGGUGACGGAUGACUUGGUUGUAACUCCAAUAUUAUCCAUUUCUGGUGUUUCAUAUCUAAAUAGAUCAAAAGUGCGUCUUUCUGACUUGGAGCAAAGGGUCAUCAACAUUGGUCUGAAAGAGUGUCUAAGUAUUUUGAAGGCUUCAUUGAUCUCAACAUCUGCUUUGACAAAUGGUCUCGAGAAAUUCAUAAUGCCUGACAAGGAGGAGUGGUACAUUUCAUGGAAGGCUGUUCUUCUUUUGGCAGCAUAUAUGGAUGAUUUGGUUGUGACGCGAAUGUCAUCCAUUUGUGUAAUGUCUUUACUACAAAGUAUGAGCAUUCCCGUUAGUGACCUGGCAGAGAAAGUGGUUAGCAUUGGCAUCAAGGAGGGUGUCCGCAUGCUACGAGCAUCUUUGACCUCUACAUCAGCCCUAACAAUUGGUCUCAAUCACUUGUUGACCAAAGCUAAGGAGGAGAACUGGUCUAAGUAUACCGAAGGCUUCAUUAAUCUCAACAAUGGUCUAAAGCAAUUCGUAAUGCCUGUCAAGAAUGGUAUCAGAGCCUGGUUAAAGGACUGGUUUUCUACUUGCUUGAAUGAUGGAGGCACAUAUGAAGGGUGA